ACUCGCACGAUCUUCCGUUCCGCUUGACGUUCGUUCCGGGGAUCCACGAGACAGACGCGAGCCGAGUCAUGAGCGCCGAUAACUGGCGUCCUGACGCUCUCCUGCCGUUACGAAACCUCUGUAACUCCGUGAAAUGCAGCAGGGAUCGAGUGAGAGAUGGAGAGUCGAAUGAAAGCAGCGGAUCUUUCAGUUUGUCAAACUUCUGGGAGAUCAUGAAUGAAGCUGUUAAAUCAGUGUCUCAAGAAGCAACAAAACUCAGCGUGAUGUUCUCGAAGCCGCCGCUGCCUUCUGAAGAGGGUUGCGUGAAAAUAGCCGAAUCUGUUCAGAAGAGCGUGCUGACGUUGACUACAGUUUAUUUUUGGCUACCGAAGAGCCAAGGGAUCUCUCUGAGGAAGACGGUCCGAGACGCCACGACCGGGGUUCUGGACGGCCUCGCUCAGCUGCUGGAGGUCGUUCUCUCCUCUCCCGGGGAAAGUCUCUCUCAGGAGCAGCUGAUGUCCACCGGAGGCGUCUGGGCCGCGUGCGACCGCUUCAACCAGCUGCCCAGAGAUAACCGCGGCGCCGUGUUGGGAGUCCUGGCCUCGUGUGUUGGCUUGGUGAAAGACGCCUCGGAGGAGAUGGAGCAGGCUCUGUCCGAGGCUCAGGACCCGUUCAGGGAGGUGCUGGACGACGAGGAGGACGAGGAGGAUGAAGGCGCUCGAGGUGAUCGGGACACGGACUGGACCGAGUCGGACCGGCAGCUGAUCGCUCGGUGUCAGGGUCUGAUGAAGGCGUCCGGAGCCAGUCUGCGCAAACUCUCCACGGCCGUCAGAAACAACGGCACACCGGACCGAGAAGAGAACGUCUCUCAGCUGGACGACCUGGCAGACGCCGCUCGAGACGUCAGUCCCUGUGUUGAUGACCUCGCCCUCAGUCUCUACCCCCCCGUGGAACGCUCGGCUGUCAAGAUCAACGUGUGUAAGCUGGCGUGUGUCUUGAAGAAAGUUCUGGAGAUCACCAGGUCCAGUCAUGUCUGUGCGGAGGCCGAUGUGUCGUGGGUAGAGUUUCUGAACGGAGCUGUCGAACACAACCUGGAGAAGAUCCGGUCCCUGCUCGACUAAACCAGGAUCAACCAGGAUCAACCAGGUCCAGUGCUUCCUCCUCCUCUUACAGAUGGGUUUCAGCAGAACCUUCCCCAGAUCUUUCUGAACGAUGCUGUAUUAUAAGAUGCUUGGCCUCAUAUAAGGACUUCAUAUUUAGUAGUGCUGUUAAACAAUUAAUCUCAUAGGGAAUAAAAG